AAAUGCACCAAUGAGCUACAAACUAGGCACACCUAAUCACAACACUUAGCUGAAAUUUGAAAAGUGAAAAUAAGCAAUAAUGUUGAAGCCUGUGCAGACCACAUCUACCCUCCCGCGGUACAAUAAUGGAGCCUUCGUCUCCGGCGAGACGACGACGUUGGCCGUUGCUUCUUUUCCGGCCGUCGUCCUAAGGCCAACCUCGGGCAAAAGCCGGUUGAGAAAAACGGCCGGCAGCAGCCUAGGAUGCGGAGGAAGAGCUGGGUGCCGCGUCAUCAAAGCGGUGGCUUCAACUACUGCGGUUUCUGAGAAAUUGGCGACAAGUGUUAAGGCCGUUGUGACGGUCCAGAAACCAUCGGGAGGAAUUCUCAAACACUUGAGCUUGUCGGGAGGGUAUGACGAUUUAACUGACUUGCUUGGGAAGUCACUGCUUUUGGAAAUCGUUGCAGCUCAACUUGACCCCAAAACGGGGCGGGAGAAGAAUGGCAUCCAGGGGUAUGCACAUCGGCAGGGCGGGGCCGGAAGCAAGAGUGAGGAAGUGAAGUACGAGUGCGAUCUGGUAAUUCCUAAAGAUUUCGGGGAGGUGGGAGCAAUUUUGAUAGAGAAUGAGCACCACCAGGAAAUGUUUGUGAAGAAGAUCGUUCUUGAUGGUUUAUUCCAUGAUGGUGCCUCACUUAGCAUCAACUGUGAUUCCUGGGUCCACUCCAAAUUCGAUAAUUCUGCUAAAAGAGCUUUUUUCAUCAACAAGUCGUACUUACCAUCUCAAACUCCAAGCGGGCUGAAGAAAUUAAGGGAGAUAGAGCUAGCGGCACUGAGGGGCGACGGCACCGGCGAACGUCAAAAAUUCGACCGGAUAUAUGAUUACGAUGUUUAUAACGACAUUGGCGAUCCCGACGGAAGCGACGACGGGAUCCGUCCAGUUCUCGGCGGCAAGGAGCAUCCUUACCCCAGACGAUGCAGAACCGGGCGCCCUCUCUCCAAGAAAGACCCUUCGUCUGAAUCGAGAAGCUCCUCUGUUUACGUUCCGAGGGGCGAAGCAUUCGCAGAAGUGAAGAAUCUAACAUUCGCUGGAAAUACAGUUUAUUAUGUGCUUCAUGCUGUGGUGCCAGCAAUCGAGUCUAUCCUCGUCGAUGUAGAUAUGGGGUUCCCACAUUUUCCAGCCAUUGAUGAUCUGUAUAACUAUGGGUUUAACAUUCCAUCUCAGCAAACCGGAGGAAUCCUAAAUGGCGUCGUACCUAGGAUCAUCAAGUCCAAAGCAGAUGUCGCAAAACAUGUCUUGCAAUUCGAAACCCCUGCAAUGAUUGACCGAGACAAAUUUUCUUGGUAUAAGGAUGAGGAAUUCUCUCGACAAACCCUAGCUGGACUUAAUCCAUGCAGCAUAAAACUGGUAAAGGAGUGGCCAUUGAAGAGCAAGCUGGACCCCAAUGUCUAUGGCCCUCCAGAAUCUGCGAUCACAAAAGAGCUGAUUGAGAAAGAACUUACAGGUUCCAUGACCGUUGAAGAGGCAGUGAAGGAGAAGAAGCUUUUCAUUUUAGACUACCACGAUUUGUUACUGCCUUUAGUGAACACAGUGAAUGAGCAAGAGGGGACUGUGUUAUAUGCAUCGAGGACAGUGUUUUUCUUGACAGACACUGGCUGUUUGAGGCCCUUAGCCAUUGAGCUCACAAGACCGCCCGUAGAUGGAAAGCCACAGUGGAAGCAAGUGUUUUGCCAGACCUGGGAUGCCACUGGAUCUUGGCUCUGGAAGAUUGCUAAAGCCCAUGUUCUUGCUCAUGACUCUGGCUAUCACCAACUAGUCAGUCACUGGUUAAGAACUCACUGUGCUAUAGAGCCAUAUAUUAUUGCAAGCAAUCGGCAGCUCAGUGCUCUGCACCCUAUUUUCAGACUGUUAAAACCUCACUUCCGUUACACCAUGGAGAUCAAUGCAUUGGCUCGGCAAGCUCUUAUUAAUGCAAAUGGUAUUAUUGAGAGUUCUUUCUCCCCCGGAAAGUACUCUAUGCUGUUAAGCUCUAUUGCGUAUAAACUUGAGUGGCAGUUUGAUCUUCAAGCAUUGCCAGCAGAUCUUAUAAACCGGGGAUUGGCGGAGAAGGAUCCCACAGCUCCGCAUGGUCUUAAACUGGCGAUUGAAGACUACCCUUUUGCUAAUGAUGGAUUAGUGCUUUGGGACAUCAUUAAAGAAUGGGUGACAGAUUAUGUUAGCCACUACUAUCCAGAUGAGAGUCGGGUGGCAUCCGAUACAGAACUCCAAGCAUGGUGGACAGAAAUCCGAACAGUCGGGCACACAGACAAGAAAGAUGCAGCUGGUUGGCCAGAACUGGAAACCCCCAACGAUCUCAUUGAAAUUUUGACGACCAUGAUAUGGGUAUGUUCAGGACACCAUGCCGCGGUCAACUUCGGUCAGUAUGUCUUUGCAGGGUAUUUCCCAAACAGGCCCACGAUCGCAAGAACGAAAAUGCCCACGGAAGAUCCCACUGAAAAGGAAUGGGAAGAUUUCAUGAAGAAGCCCGAGGGUGCACUCUUGGAAUGCUUUCCUUCACAGCUUCAGGCGACCAAAGUUAUGGCAAUUUUGGAUGUUUUGUCGAACCACUCCCCGGAUGAGGAGUAUCUAGGGGCUUCACCAGAACCACACUGGAUUGAAGACCCCAUCAUCAAUGAUGCAUUUGAGCGGUUCGGUGGGAGGCUGAAGGAGCUCGAAGGUAUCAUUGAUGGUCGGAAUCAAGAUAGGGGUUUGAAGAAUAGAUGUGGGGCUGGAGUUUUACCUUACGAGCUCUUGAAGCCAUAUUCAGAGCCCGGCGUAACUGGCAAAGGUGUGCCGAACAGCAUCUCCAUUUGAGCCUGGAGAAGCCUUAUUAUGGCUAAGGUGCUGUGAUGAUUUAAAUAAAUUAAUUAAUAAAUAAUUCCGGGAGAUUCCCAACUCCCCUUGUUGGCUUGUUUAUGCUCUGAUUGUGUAAUGCUCAGAAACCUGCUAUGCUAAUAAACUCUUUUCAGAAUU